GCAUUAUACACCUACAGCUUGGAGAACUGGCUUUUAUCUUGGUUUAACAGUAGCUUUGCUACUACGUAUAAUACAAUUGGUUAUAGACCCAAAUACAAGAGAAAGGAUACCUAAUAUAGAGUAUAAUCUACAAAUCUAUGCUUGUUUUAGCUUACCGAUUCUUUUUUGUCUCGGUUUUGCCGUAAAUACGCUUGUUUGGCAUCGAUCCCAUAUUAACUAUAAAUUCAUUUUCGAAUUUGAUCCGAGAGAUAAUAUGGAUUAUCAUCAGUUUGCAGAGCUUCCUUCACUUAUGUUGUUACUUUUAUUGGCAGUCAUGUACAUUGAUUUUUCACAGAGCUUUGAUCCUUUAAUUCCUUCUGAACUCUGUCCUCUCAUAUUAUUUGUCCUGAUCAUGGCCAUCUUGACAUGUCCUUUUCCUAUACUUUAUUACUCUUCCCGUCGAUGGCUUAUAAUUUCAUUAUUUCGUAUCGUUCUAAGUUAUUUAUUUCCUAUUGAAUUUCGAGACUUUUUUAUUGCAGAUGAACUCAACAGCCUUGCAUAUUCAUUUUGGACAAUUACUUAUUUCUUCUGUGCUUAUCAUUGGCAUUGGGACUCCUUAUCCACCAAUUGUCCAGUGAAGAUCUUUUGGUAUACCCCUUUUUUGGCCUGUUUACCGCCUUGGUGGCGUUUUUUACAAUGCAUUCGUCGUUAUCAAGACUCACAUGAAAAGGUACAUUUGGUCAAUGCUAUUAAAUAUACAACGAGUAUUGGAUCUACCUUAGCCACUGGCUAUCGAAGAAUGUAUCCAAAUGCGUCUAUGGAAGUCGUUUGGAUUUUAUUUUGUAUUAUCAAUUCAUCUUAUACGUCAAUUUGGGAUAUUAAAAUGGAUUGGGGAUUAUUACAGCCAAACAGUAAACAUUUCUUGUUGCGUAAUGAGCUUGUCUUUUAUCGUUGGACGUAUUAUGUGGCUGCGCCAGUUAACGUCAUUUUACGUUUUGCAUGGACUAUCAAUGCUGCCAGUUUGGGUUUUAAGGGUGAAUUAGUUGGUUUUAUUCAUGCUUCAUUGGAAGCUUAUCGUCGUAUUCAAUGGAAUUUCUUUCGUUUAGAAAAUGAGCAUCUUAAUAAUGUUGGUAAUUAUCAUGCUAUCAAAGAAAUUCCUUUACCAUUUGCAUUUCGUGAUAAAGUACCAAUGUCAAUACAUGAAGAAGGAUCUAUUCAAUUACCUAUGGAGCCUCAUGAGAUUACAUCGCCAGCUGUUGCUAUUACAGCUACAAACUUGCGUGAAGAUCUGACACCUGUUGGCUCCUUUUAUGGUCGUCGUGAUUUCGAGAAUAGACAAGACCUGGAUGACGCUGUCUCUGUCAGCGAGAAUCUACGCUAUCCAAGAAGACAACCAUCUGUAGUCAAUAGUGUCUUUGAUCGUAUGAAGUCAAGUAGACCAUCCAGUAGUAGAAUAACUGAUUCUUCUUCAUCUGAAACAGAAAUCGAAGAAGAAGACAGCGAUUAAAAAAAAAAAAAAUAUUAAACAGAAGAGGGCUGGAGUUUUAUAUAUCCCUCUUU